CAAAAACUCUCCACAUACUAAAAGGUUAAGAAGCUUACCAAUUCAACACAUCCUUCUUAUACUCACAACAUUCACCAACAAUAACAAAGAUGGCAUCUUCUCUACGAUUAAACUCCACUCUCAAGCUAAAUGAUGGACUAAGUAUUCCACGUUUAGGAUUAGGUGUUUAUUUGACUCAAAGUGCAGAUGCAAUCAAACAUGCAUUACAAUUCGGUUAUCGUCAUAUCGAUACUGCUCAAUGGUAUGAAAAUGAAGAAGUUGUAGGUGAAGGAUUCAAAGCUAGUGGAAUGAAAAGAGAAGAUGUUUGGAUCACAACAAAGAUCUGGGACACUAAUCACGGAUACAACCAAACCACCAAGACACUAGAUGAAUCUUUAAAGAAGGCCGGUCUGGACUUCUUCGAUCUAGUUUUGAUCCAUUCGCCCAAUCCAGGUAAAGAAAAGAGACUAGAAACAUAUCGCGCUUUGAUCGACGCAAAGAAGCAAGGUAAAAUCAAGAGUGCAGGCGUGAGCAAUUAUGGCGUUCACCAUAUCAAAGAAUUGCUUGCUCAAUUUCCCAACGAUCCACCAAGUAUAAAUCAAAUUGAAAUUUCACCAUUCUUUCAACGCAAAGAUAUCGUGACCGAAUGUCGUAAACAUAAUAUCGCCCUACAGGCUUAUUCACCUUUAGGUAAAGGAGCAUUUGUUGAUCGACCGGAAUUACACAAGAUUGGUGAAAAGUACAAGAAAUCACCUGCUCAAGUUUUGAUCAGAUGGUCUUUGCAACAAGACUUUAUCGUCUUGCCAAAAUCUUCCAACGAAGAACGUAUCAAGGCAAAUGCUGAUUUGUACGAUUUCGAAUUGAGCAAACAGGAUAUCGACACUUUGAAUGCCAUGGAGACCGGAAAGGGAGUCACUUGGGACCCUACAAAGGCACCAUAGAGAUAUGUCUACUCUAUCUCAAGCCUUUCAACACCAUGUAUAAUUCAAUGAUUGAAUUUAUAAAUUCGCAUAAAACAAUUUAAGUGGUAUCGAGCAAAUCUACAAAGAAGCAGAGAGAGAAAAAGACAUAAGAAGAAAGAUCUAUAUUGCAUAUUAUUUAUAUUCUAAGCGGCGGCAGGAGCGGAAGUGCCGAUUGGAAUGCGACGGUUAAGUUCCAUUCCAAAUACACC